AUGGCCUGUGGGGGAGGCUGCUGUGGCCCCAAGAGUACAACCGCAGCUAUUGUCAAGCCAGAAGUUAAUCCUGGAGUGCUCACGGAGGCGGCGACGGAAACGACAAGUAACGCAAUAGCGACGACGCAACCUGCAGUGGAUGCAACACUGACGCCUUCCGAUUCCGAACCUACAGCCUCUUGGCCUGCUGUCGCCAACCUGAAAUAUGCCACAAUGCAGCCGAAAGCCCUGAUCGACGCGACUGAGAUUGCGAGCGGUUCGGAUAACAUCGACCUGGAGAAGGGCGGCGUUACACGUGAACACCUUGUCAUCAGCGUAUCUGGCAUGACCUGUACAGGAUGCGAGACAAAGCUACAGCGAACACUGGGUAGUCUCGACUACGUCAGCAAACUUCAGACCAGCCUGGUCCUUGCCCGCGUCGAGCUCGAUAUCAACACCAAGCUUGCGACUGCCGACGAUGUGGUCAAACAUCUCCACCGCACAACCGAGUUCAAAUGCGAGAUCGUUUCCAACCAAGGCUGUAGUCUGGAUCUUAUCUGUUCGGGAGACCCAGCGGCUUUUGUCGAUGGGCAGUGGCCGGAUGGAGUGUCAGACGUACGCCGCCUAAACAAAGAUACAAUCCGUGUGGAAUACGAUGCGAAGAUUGUGGGGGCGAGGGACUUGAUGUGUGACGAGUGGAGUCGGUCGUUGCAACUUGCACCGCCUUGUCCAGACUCUUCUUUGGAAGCUGGCAAUAGGCAUGUUCGAAACAUGGGCUUGUUGACGUUGCUCUCUGCCGGAUUGACCAUUCCCGUACUGGUCAUGGCAUGGGCACCUCUUCCUGAGCGCGAGAUUGCUUAUGGCUCCGCGUCACUCGCCCUCGCUACUGUCGUCCAAGUUGUCAUCGCCGGUCCUUUCUACCCGAAAGCGCUCAAGGCAUUGGUGUUCUCCAAGGUCAUUGAGAUGGAUCUGCUCAUUGUACUGAGUACAAGCGCCGCGUACAUCUUCUCAGUUGUUUCGUUCGGCUACCUAGUCAGCGGAAACCCUCUAUCAACGGGCGAGUUCUUCGAGACAAGUACGCUGUUGGUGACACUCAUCAUGGUCGGACGAUGGGUGGCAUCGUUGGCGCGACAAAAAGCGGCAGAGUCCAUCAGUAUUCGUUCCUUACAAACCCCUACUGCCAUGCUGGUCAGCGACGACGGGAUGGAGAAGGAGAUCGAUGCUAGGAUGUUGCAAUAUGGAGACAUCUUCAGGGUCGCUCCAGACUCGCGCAUUCCGACAGACGGUACCGUCAUCUCGGGUUCUUCGGAAAUUGAUGAAUCGAUGUUAACGGGCGAGGCUCAGCCCGUUGAGAAGCACACCAAGUCGGCCGUUAUUGCAGGAACCAUCAACGGAAGCGGAACGCUUACCGUCCGCCUAACCCGUCUGCCUGGCGAUAAUACCAUCACGACGAUUGCGGGUAUGGUUGACGAAGCAAAGCUUUCCAAACCCAAGAUUCAAGAGAUUGCCGACACUGUAGCCAGCUACUUCGUCCCUGUUGUAGUGACCCUGACAAUCAUCACUUUCGUCAUCUGGGUCGCCAUUGGGAUUGCGAUACGCCAUCAAUCAGGCUCAGAAGCGACCAUCGAAGCCAUCACGUAUGCCAUCACAGUCCUAAUUGUCUCGUGUCCUUGCGCUAUCGGUCUCGCGGUUCCUAUGGUUAUCGUGAUCGCGUCCGGCGUCGCAGCGAAGCGCGGUGUUGUCUUCAAGACGGCAGGUAGCAUCGAAGUCGCGUAUAGAACGACCGACGUGGUGUUCGACAAGACGGGUACCUUGACAGCAGGAAAGCUGGCGGUGGUGCAUGAGGAGUAUGUUCAGGGUGGUAGUGCGGAUGACGCCAAGUUACUUUUGGGUUUGCUUGGCAAUGUCAAACACCCCGUGUCGGCGGCCAUUGCAACACAUCUCGCGUCGCGAGGUCUAUCAGCUACAACCGUACCAGACGCCAAGGUGGUCACCGGCAGAGGUGUCCAUGGGAUGGCCAAUGGUAAGAAGCUACGCGCCGGUAACUCGAGAUGGCUUGCGCUUUCCGAAGAUCCGCGUGUCCGCUCCAUGCUGUCCCAGGGUUUCACCACCUUUUGCUUCACCAUCGACAGCACUCUAGUAGCUAUCUAUGGUCUGCAGGACACAUUACGACCAGACGCAGCAUCCACCAUCGAUCAUCUCCAACGCAGCGGCAUCAACGUCCAUGUACUGUCUGGCGAUGAUGAUGGCGCUGUUAAGGGGAUUGCCUCACAGCUCGACGUACCAGAAGAGAAUGUUCGCUCUCGUUGCUCACCUGCAGAUAAGCAAACUUAUAUUCAGAGCCUUCUCGCAGCACCUUCAACAGCUCUUCUGACUGGCAAGUCCCGCAAGCCGAUUGUCAUGUUCGUUGGGGACGGCACAAAUGACGCUGUUGCCCUUGCUCAGGCCACAAUCGGCGUUCAUAUGUCGAGCGGUACUGACAUCGCACAAUCCGCUGCCGAUGUAGUUCUUGUCCGUCCUAGCCUGUCAGGCGUACUGACCAUUAUCAAUGUGAGUAGGAAAGCGAUACAUAGAAUCGUUUUCAACUUUAGCUGGAGUUUCGUAUACAACACUUUCGCUGUACUGUUGGGUGCGGGCGCCUUUGUGCACGCGAGGAUUCCGCCGGAGUUCGCGGGUCUCGGGGAACUGGUCAGUGUACUACCUGUGGUGUUGGCAGCAGUCUUGUUGAGAUGGUCGAAAGUCUAA